AUGGCCGUACUGAAUCCGGCUGGUAUGCAGAUGAAGGCUGGUCAUGCGCCGGUCGUCGUGGCCGGCCCUGGCGCCGCCGACGCCGGCAACGACCACGCCAUGUUCCACCGUGUGUUCUACCUGGGCGCGGCGUCCAUCAACGCGCCGCGCAGCGAGCCCGAGAUCCAGCGCAACAUGGCCAUCCUGAACGCGGAGGAGGCCGGCCGCCAGGCCAUCCCCGUGUGCGUGGCCGUGCCCACCACGCCGCAGGGCUGCGUCGUGGUGUACGAGGAGGAGACGGAGACGGUGAUGACCAGCUUCCCCGUCUACCGGAUCCUGUUCUGCGCCAGACGGCCAUCUUCCAGUUGUCACGUCUUCAAGUGCGCCGCCGCCCGUGCGUCCGGUCGGGUGUUGGGCUGCUUCGCGCGCGCCUUCAGGAAGCAGUCGGCGGAGGGGGCGGCUGAGGACGGCGUGGACGUGGCGCCGCGCACCUGUCGCUACGACUUCGAGCUGUCCGUUGAGAUGCAGGAGGAGGACGCCAAGGGCGUGUACGCGGCCAUCCCGCGCGACAAGGGCGGCUUCAAGCUGCGCUGCAACACGCAGCGCAAGGUGCUGGUGUCGGUGCGGCAGACGAGCGACCUGCUGCCGCCGCUCACCGUCGAGCGCUGCUUCGGCCUGCUGGUGGCGCCCGGCAAGAACGUCAAACACGGCGACAUGACGCUACUGGAGAUGCCCUCCAUGGGCAGCGUGGUGGGUGAUCGGCACUGCUACAGCGUGGUGGGCCUAUGGGACGCAGGCGACCCGAACCUGACGCUGCUCAACCAGGAGACGCCCAAGGAUCUGCCGCUCGUGAUGUCGAUCGGCCGUCGACCUGGUCAUUG